AUGGACGCACUACAAUGUCCGAAGCGAGUCUGGGCAGCUCUCAUCUACGACAACGUGAACGUCAACAUCGACGAGAACACGCACUACGAAGGAGAGUCACCACUCGAGAUCGAUGCGAAGGCGCUCUACGACGCAGCCAAGAAGGAGAGUAUCACCAGCUUCCAGGACAAGCGCAGCGGCAUCGAGCUACAGCGCGACCCUACCUAUACGGCAGCCAAGAAGAAGACCAAGGAGGAGCGACAGGAGACCAUCAUGAAAAGUAAGAUGGAGACGUCGUCAGCUACUAAGGCGGGAUCACCACUCAAACAAUUGGCGGUCUUUGCGACGUGCUAUUGCAAGCCAGCGGCUACCUACACUCCAGAGUUCGACUACCACACAGAGUACAAGUACUACUAUGACGAGAUCGCGAAGUGUUCGUGGUUUUCUGGAAGCAUCUGGAAUACAUUAACGUUUACCAUGAUUGGAAUGGCAGUGGCAACUCCAGCAGUUUACUGCAUAUUGCGAGAGUUUACGGAGCAUCGGGACGACUCCAGUGUGAAGUACCAGACUGAGACAAGCAACGCGCAUGACACGACCGAGGAGACAGCGAUGACCAGCAUCGACAAGGAGACGACCAUCCACCACAAGGAGACGACCAUCCACCUCAAGAAGACGAGCAGCAACCACAAGCAGGUGCGACGGCGGACUGUCGGCGCACAGAGUAUGUUCACAUACCGGCUGCAGGGAGGUCAGUGGCGUUUCUGCCACAAGAUGAACGGAUUCAAGCGAGCAGACGGGGUUUCAGUGGAGACGACUGAACCCAACCAGUGGCAGGACGGCUACGAUCGGGCAGCAGACGACAGCCCCAAGGGCUGCAGUGAGUGA